AGAAAGUGUUGAGGAGUGAUGAAUUUACCAAACAAUCAAAUGUCCACAAACAUUCCAACAGUGAAUAUGUGAAUGAAUCGAUGGAGCCAUCCCGAUAUCCAAUAUUCCAAAAUUUAAUGUCCUUCCCUCAAAAAUAAUCACCAUAGUGUCCUGCAUAGUAAAGCGCUUAACCAAUGUACACGUCAAAAAUAUGAAAACAUAAAUUUCGACAAAACCCCUUGAACCCCUCCCUAAGUGCACAAAAUUUAACCAAACCCUCGAAUGAUUUGCGAUCUUCAAAUAAUAAAUUUAAUUUUAAAAUACAAUAUGAAUAUUAAUUUAAAAUAAACGUCUAAAAAAUAAAACAAAAAUCAGUUUCCAAGUGUUUUGAAAUUCUGCUAAGCUUAUAUUCAACAUAAAAAAUGCAAUCUCACCAAGACUACUUCGGUUCGAACAUGUCGAAGUCCCGUGGUCAUCGUCGCUCCGAAACCUUGGGUAAGGCAAUGCCCGUUACCUCGUUGCUGUUGAACUAUACGCCAUCGUCGCUACAGCAUUCUGAAAAUAUACGCAGUGAUGCAGGAGGUAAGAUGUCAGAGAUGGAUGGAUCCGUAUCACCCACACAAAGAGAAAGACCUCCGUUACUUUUCCCGAUAGAUGAUUUCUCACCCAGGUCAGACGGAGUUAACGAUACUAAAACGGAUCACGAUACCGACGAUGAUCUGGAUGCAUUGGAGCAAGACUAUGAAAUUCUUAUUUCCGAAUGCAGCAGCAGUUAUGCAAGUAGCCAGCAGGAUGAUGGCGAUCGUCGCAAAUCGAAUUCGGACGAAUACAUUUCUUUGGUGGGUAAUUCGACUUUUUAUACUCCCUGUCAGACAUGUGUUGGUUCAGCACCCAGCGAUUUGGCCGCUCGGCCAUUGGCUAUCAAUGAAAUGUGCCGUCGCUUAUGCACAGAUGAAUGUCGUUUGCGUUUAAGUUUGGCUGGAUUGCUUCCAAAAUCUGAGGUGGCUAACGAAAAUCGAAAAAUACUGCAAGACUAUGUUCAAAGUUCACUCCUAGACACACCCCCAAAAUUGCCACCAAGGCCUCAGAAGUCGAUGGAAACGAAAGUGCCGCCCAGACCUCCGAAAGCUACCGAUGACCAAGUUCCGCCACAAUUACCCAAACGACCUAUGCCAGCCUCCGUGGCUAUUCAGAGGAAACAAUUUUUAAGAGAUAUCCUCGUGCAAAACAGCAAUUACCCGGAAUUGCUAAGCAGCGAUGAGGAGGGAAGCGAUGAUGUAGUCGGUGCUAGUGCUGCAUCCACAAAGCGACGACCAGCCAAAGAAUUAUUGGAAAUUGUGGCCAGCAUCGUGGUGCCACCACCAACUCCUUCCGUUUCGCCAUUGCCAAGUGCUGAGUCGGUCGCUAACAUCAAAGACCCGCCACCAAACGAAAGGAUCAGUGAAACAACUAUCCGCCCCAUUGUUGAUCCCCAUGAGUUGGCCAUGCUCAAGGAUUUUCGUGAGAAAUUCGAAAUAGCGGAAGCACUUGCCAAGACCUCGGCAAUGACCUCAACGACACAAAUUAAACAACGUCUGGCUGCUAGAAAACGGGAAAUCGAAUUGGAUAAUGCUAAUGUCAUUUCGUCUGCCGAUGAACAUGAGCAUAAAACCACCAACAAAAACGACAACGCCGACGAACCUGCAUCGAACACCAGUUUCGGUGGAGGCACUAAAACUGGUCUCACGCCGCAACAGUCACUCCAACAAGGUGCGCCCGCCAACGAUGCCGUUACAAAAGCAACAGCAGCAGCAGCAACAACCGUCAAUGGCCUGACUCAAAGCAACCCAGACAUUGGGUCGACUGUCUAUCAUGAUGACUAUGAGCCUCCACGCGAACUGCUGUUGUAUCUUGUAAGAAUGGGAUCAUUCAAUUCGGCGCCUAAAAUCAACAACACUGAUUCACAGGACGAUGGAUUGGAUAUACCCAAAGGUCUCAGCACGCCAGAGUUAUUGCAGCACGUUAAACAAUUACGUGGAGAAAGUCAGCCGCCUCUGUUGAGCCGUUACUUCCUAAAGCCAAUGAACUCAGUAAUUUCGCAGGAUUUGACAGAUGGACUGCGUUGUUUGAAAUUAAAUUCAGUAUCGAGGGUCUGUAGUGCGCCUAUAUCGGACCCAAAUCAUAUUCGUCUUUUACAAUGGAAUCUACUGUCUCAAACUCUGGGCCAGAACAAUGAUGGUUUUGUGCGUUGUCCCGAAGAGGCUUUGACUUGGGAAAAUCGCAAAUUCCUUAUAGUGCAAGAAAUUUUACAAAAUUCCCCUGACAUUUUGUGUUUACAGGAAGUUGACCAUUUCAAAUUUUUACAAAAUAUUUUGGGCAGCCAAAAUUACGAAGGCAUUUUCUUUCCCAAACCCGAUUCGCCAUGCCUAUACAUUGAGGAGAACAAUGGUCCAGAUGGCUGUGCGAUAUUUUUUAAGCGCGAUAGAUUUGAUUUGCGCAAUUUCGAUACACGCAUUUUGGAAGUAUGGCGAGUUCAAAGUAAUCAGGUAGCCAUUGCCGUCAAUCUGGUCGUGAAACAGACGGGACGAGAAAUCUGCGUUUGCACCACCCAUUUGAAGGCCCGUCAUGGUUCGCUACUGUCGAAAUUGCGCAACGAACAAGGGCGUGACUUGAUCCGGUUUGUCAAGCCAUUUGCUGGAGAUCGUGCCUUGAUUAUAUGCGGCGAUUUCAAUGCCGAACCCACAGAGCCAGUUUACUCGACAAUCUUGAAUUGUGAGUUCCUUAAAUUGGGCAGUGCCUACGCCGACAUAAAGGGUGACAGCGACGAAUGUAACAAUAAAAAUGUGAAAGAUCAAGUAGCAAACGGUUGCGACAAACUUCAGAAGUCUAUACAAAACGAGCCGGCCUACACAACAUGGAAGAUACGGGAGGAUGGUGAGGAAUGUCAUACAAUAGACUAUAUUUUCUACACCAAGGAUCAUUUAAAGGUUAAAAAUUGUUUGGAAUUUCCCCAUGGCGAUGAGAUUGGCCUAAAUCGUACACCAAGCUUCCAGUAUCCCUCAGAUCAUUUCUCUUUGAUUUGUGACUUUGAAAUUGUAGAUGCGGCACAAACCAUUCAUUCACAGCAGGAGAAAAAUAAAAUACAGUGAUGCUGUAUUUGCUAUCUGUACUUCGGAAUUCCACAUCCUCGAACUAUCACCACAAACACACUUCUUUUUCAAAAACACUGCGUAGGCGUAAUUCCCACAAUCACAACAACCCACCCAAAAAACUUCACAGACACACACACCAACCAAUAGAUUUGCAACACAUUUCCCUUUCUUCAAUUUAUCUCAAAGGAUAUACUGAAAACACACGCAUACCUACCUAUUUUCAUCCACACAUAUCCACACACAUACCAAUACAUACAAAUGCAGAUUCACUCUUAUGAAUUGUGAUAUUAGCUCUUAGAUACCAAAUCGAAAUGGAUACGUGAAAAGUCACUUAUCCAUCGAACUAAACAAAUACACGUGCAUUCAAACACAUACAUACGAAUAGUAGUUACUUUUUUAUAGUUCGCUUUGAUUUCUUUUUUAUUAUAAAUAAAAUAAAACUGUUAACAACUGUA